UAAUUCUUAACUGAAUUGAGAAUAAGUAGCUUGGACUUAGAUAAAGUAAAACAACAAAGAUUUAGGUGCCAAUUAUUAAGCUAUAAUUGUUGUGCAAAUCAAGAUCACAAAAAAAUCUUCCUUACUCUUAAAAGCAAUAUUAUUAUCAGAAAAAUCUUAGUAUUAGAAUCAAUGGUUUUCUGCCAUUGUCACAACUAUAUAUGGUGUAUAAUCAGCCCAACCUUCAUACUAUUCUGUCUUUCAUUGCAUACCUAUCAUUACUUAUCACCAUAUUCAAACACAGUGAAAGAAACAAUCCGUCUCGUACCGGUAAUUAAUCAGGAAAGGACAGGGAAGAGAUUAGUCAGUGUACAGGAAGAUCCGUGCUCAGGCCGUUACAUUUACAUGCAUGAUCUUCCUGCAAGGUUCAACCAUGACUUAGUAACAAAAUGUAAUACACUUAGCCAAUGGUUCGAUUUCUGCCCUUAUGUUAAAAAUGAAGGUUUUGGGCCUCGGCUUAAUGAGUUAAGUUGGUAUGCUACUAACCAGUUUAUGUUAUCAGUGAUAUUCUAUAAUAGGAUGAAGAAGUAUGAAUGCUUAACUACUAGUUCUUUUAUAGCAUCAGCAAUCUAUGCACCGUUUUUCCCUGGAUUAGAAGUAGGCCGGUUUCUUUGGGGCGGGUUUAACUCAUCAGUUAAGGAUGUUGCAGCCCUUGAUUUUGCUACAUGGCUAAGGAGAAAACCGGAGUGGAACAGGAUGCUUGGUAAGGAUCAUUUCUUUGUAGCAGGAAGAAUUACUUGGGACUUUAGGAGGCUAAGAGACGCAAACUCUAAGGCAUGGGGUAAUGUACUCUUAAACUUGCCUGAAGCCAAAAACAUGACAAUGCUAACCAUUGAGUCGAGCCCUUAUGGCAGCAAUGACUUUGCAAUCCCAUAUCCGACCUAUUUCCAUCCUUCGAGUGACAGAGAGGUGAUUGAGUGGCAGCAACGCGUGAGGAAGUCACCACGAAGGAAAUACCUCUUUGCAUUUGGUGGAGCUCCUCGCCCCAAUAUGACAGGAUCGGUCAGAGGAGAGUUGAUUAGUCAGUGUAAAAACGCGAUAAGCAAUAGCUGCAGGUUGCUUAAUUGUUUGCAUAAAGAUGAUCUUUGUAACAGUCCAAAGAAUGUUAUCAGGACAUACAUGAAGUCUGAUUUCUGCCUGCAACCUCCUGGGGACUCAUACACGAGAAAAUCUACUUUUGAUUCGAUCUUAGCUGGGUGUAUCCCGGUAUUUUUCCAUCCAGGAUCAGCUUACAUUCAGUACUUGUGGCAUUUUCCUAAGAAUUACACAAAGUAUUCUGUAUUCAUACCAAUAGAUGGGAUUAAAAAUGGGACUGUUAAUGUUAGGGAGCUACUGUCAAAAAUUCCUGACAAUGAAGCUGUUGCUUUAAGAGAAGAGGUAAUAAGGUUGAUCCCAAGAAUUAUUUACGCGCAAAAUAAGUUGGAAACAAUUGAGGACGCAUUUGAUGUAUCUGUUAAAAUGGUACUGAGGAGGAUUGAAGAAGCUAGGAUAAGGUUUCGAGAAGGGAAAGAGGAGUCAAGAAAGAAGUAUUAUUUCACAGGAAAAGGCGAAGAUCAUGAAUGGGAUUCUUAUUUCUGAAGCAAGCAGAAUUUGCAGAAAUAAUGCCAAAUUUCAAAGUUAUAAUUGUG